AUGCUCAUGAAAUCAGUUCUUCAAGCUUUAGCUUUAGCCGCAGUUGCUUUAGCACAAGAUUCAUUCCGUUUACAAAGUUGGAACAUUCGUUACGACUCUUUACCAGAUGGCACAUCAGUUGACUCUACACUUGGUUCAUUAGAUCAAUCAAUUCCACAAGACGGUGGUCCUUAUUAUGCUGAUUACGAAGAACAACCUUGGUCAAAAAGAAGAAUUGGUGUUGUUAAUGAUGUUAUUUUCAAUAGAGCGGAUAUAUUCACAGUUAAUGAAGCUUUAAAAAGACAAGUCGAUGAUAUUAAAGAGUUAUUAAACCAAUUGAGUGGUCAAACUUGGGAUUAUAUUGGUGUUGGUAGAGAUGAUGGUAAGGAAAAGGGUGAAUAUCAAGCUAUUUUUUAUAAUAAACAAAAAGCUUACAGAAAAAGUGAUUAUACUAUUUGGUUAUCAGAUACCCCAUUUGAACCAUCAAAACAUAAAGAUGCAGGCGCUUAUCGCUCUACAACUGUUGCACGUUUUGAAACUGUUUCUGGAACUCCAUUCACCAUUAUCAAUACCCAUCUUGACCAUGUAUCUAAUGAUCAAAGAAAAUUGAGUGCUUCAUUAUUAAGGCAAUUAGGUGCACAUGAGCAUCAACAUGGUGAUGGUCCAGUAUUUUUAGUUGGUGAUCUAAACUCACCACCUGAAGGUCAAGAUUCUGGUGCUUAUAAAAUUGCUGUUGGUAGUGAAAACACAGUUUCAAUAAAUGAAACUUUUGCUCAGAGAUUCGAUGCUUCAAACGCUAAAAAUUUUGUGUUCAGUGAUUUACUUGGUGAAACAGAUGCAGCCCAAAGAUCCGGUCAUCAUGGAACUUUCAACAAAUUUGAACCAAUUUCUAGUCCUGAUGCUGUUGGUGAUAGAAUUGAUUUCCAAUUUGCUGGUACUAUCAAAGGUGAAAGUUCUAAGAAAUAUAAAGUUGAAAGAACUAGAGUUGCAGAGGUUUUUUAUGAUCUUGGGUAUCGUAUUAGUGACCAUAGACCUAUCAUUAGUGAUAUUUCAAUUCAAAAAUAA